AUGCUCCUCCACCUCCCCAACGAGCUCCUCUGCGCCAUCACAUCCCACAUCGACAGCGAAAUUGACCUCCAAGUCCUGGCCUGUACCUCCCGCCGACUCUACAGCACAGUCAUACCCACCUACUACAGAACCCUCGCUAAAGCCCAUCGCUGCGAUCCCCUCGCCGCAGCCGCAGUGCACGGGAACUUGCACGCUGUGCAGACGCUGCUGGACCAGGGAUGUAGUCCUCGAGCAAGAGGUGGAGGGAGGCAGUAUAAAGCGAAGCAGAAGGGGUUGAAAGAUAUCGUGGAGCUGCUGCUCGAUCAUGGCGCGGAUGCUGGGGUUCAGGGAGGACGGUUGGGACACUCUUUGCGAGUUGCGGCGGUGAAUGGGCAUAUGGAAUGUGUUAGGGUGAUGGUGGAGCGGGGGGUGGAUGUUAAUUCGAGGACUAAAAUUGAGGGCCGGGCGCUGGAGGCGGCUUUGGAAGCUGGCCAUGAAGAAAUUGCAAGAUAUCUGAUUGAACGAGGGGCAGAGGAUAAGUUGGUCGAUGGUGUCGACGACAAGUGGCUGCCCGGUGCGGCGUUCAACAUCGUUUCGAAGGAGAAAGAGACGAAAUGGAGAGACGUUCUGGAUACGAUACUCGAACGGAUGGACUACUCGAGCCAACUUGCCGGAAACGCCUUCGUAUCUGUCGCCCGAGAUGGGAACGAGCAACUCGUGGAGCACUUUCUGCGCAACGAAGUCGACAUUGAAAAGCAUGGCUCGCGUGCGCUCGGCGUAGCAGCCGUCAAAGGUCAUCUCAAACUUCUUCAACGCCUCGUAGCUGCCGGCGUGGACGUCAACCAAGAAGUUCCCAAGCGCGGCCAUGCCAUCUUGCGCGCGGCAAAACAUGGCUACGUCGAAUGCGUGAGAUUUCUGCUCGAACAGGGCGCAUCUCCCAACGUUGUCCACGGCACGCCUUGCAUCGAGAAUCGCGGCCGGUCGAGGGUUGUCUUCUGCAGCACGCCGCUUCAAUAUGCUUGCUGGGGAGAAGACUCUCCGUCCGAAGAGCAGCGUGAUAGAUUUGAAGCAAUCGCACGCAUGCUCCUCAAAGCCGGAGCAGACCCCAACAUCUCCGGUAAACGAUGGUUCCACCCCCUCAACCUCGCCGCCUACCGCGGCAACGAAGCCAUCGUGCGUCUGCUGCUAGAGCACGGCUCCGAUCCGUCCACACGAGGACCAGUAUGGGGCGACAACGCCCUGCAAGCAGCUGUCAUACGGGGCAGCAUCUCCAUCACCAGGCUCAUCCUCGAGCACGGCGCAAAAAUCGAUGGUUCAGGUGCGCUGCAGGCUGCCUGUGGUGCAGUGUAUUACCACGAGGGGAACUUUGAGAUGGUGAAGCUGUUGCUUGACUACGGUGCUGAUCCGAACCACAAUAGCGAAGCGUAUGCCUGUACUGGCUAUAUAAACGCUAUGUCAGGGCGCCCGGGAAUGUACUUUUGGAACGCACUUCAAUGUGCGAGGGGUAAUCGCAAUAACCGCAGUGAGAGUAUUAUAGAGCUGCUGUUGGAUCGUGGCGCAAGAGACGAGGAAUGA